CAUCUGAUUGCUUCCCCUUCAGCUUCCAUCCCGUUGCCUGACAUCUGAUGAUAUCUGACCGCAGGGCAACAUCGUCCGCCCCCCCUCACCAUUCGUUCCAUCAAUAAAAUAACAUGGCCGUCGUGAUUAGUGUCCUCUCGAGCUGAACUUGUACAUCAAUCAACCGUGAUACUACUGCCAUGACCAGGCGACAGAUUCGCUUGAUGUUCUAUCUUGCAGUCCUGAGUCCCAUUGCCGCAGUCGUCUAUCACCACCUUUUGCCAUCAAUACCCGACGCGUUUAUGACAGACCUCGUCAACAGACUGUUCCCGUCCGAAACAUCCGCCAUGACAUCACAGGCCUCGCGUCCCUGUGUCAUCAUAGUCGGCGGCGGCCUUGCUGGGCUUUCUGCCGCUUACUCCGCCCUGGGCGCCGGCGCCCCUUCAGUUUGCCUGCUGGAACGUGCCCCGAGGCUAGGAGGCAACAGCAUCAAGGCCUCCUCGGGCAUUAACGGGGCGCCCACCCGCUUCCAACAGGCUGCCUGGCCUAAUCUAGGCCCUGAUGAGACCUUCUGGGACGACACCGUCCGCUCUGCCGGCGCUCGCCUCUCCUCGCAAACCACAAGUCAGCCUGCCGCCAGGGCCCAACGCGAGUCCCUCAUCUCGGUCCUCACCCAGCGAUCCGCUGAUGCCAUCAACUUCCUCGCCGAUCUAGGCGUGGAUCUCACCGUGGUGGCACAGCUCGGAGGCCAUAGUCAUCCACGAACACAUCGUGGCGCUGGCAAGACGCCUCCAGGCGCCGCCAUCAUCACCACCCUUGUCGCAAAGUUGAAGGAGGCCGGAGGAGACCGGUUCGAGCUGAUGACCGAUUGUGAGGUCACCAGGCUGCUCACCAACCCCACUAAUGCUGCUGUCUCCAAAAAAGGCAACGGCGGCUCCUCAGCCGACCACCAAUCCGUGACCGUUGUUGGAGUCGAGUACAGAUCGACCAAGAACAGCGGCAACGGCGGUAGCGGUCAUGACGGUACUUCCCUUCACCAACUCACCGGUCCCGUGAUCUUCACCACCGGCGGCUUCGGCGGUGACACGCACGGCCUGCUGGCCCGCUAUCGCCCAGACCUGGACGGCAUGCCCUCCACCAACGAUCCGCGACCGGGCACCCACGAUCUGCUCGCCGCCGUCGGUGCCAAGCUGGUCGAUAUGGACAGCGUGCAGAUUCACCCGACCGGCUUCGUCGAUCCGGCUAAUCCGUUGGUGCCCGUCAAAUUCCUCGCCGCCGAGUUGCUGAGAGGUGAAGGUGGCAUACUGCUGCACAACGGUAAGAGGUUCGUCAACGAGCUGGAAACAAGGGAGCAUGUGAGCAACACCAUUAUGGCUCUGCCGGGCGACGGAGUCGAAGGCGCCUCUUUACGCCAAUGGGACAUUCAACUCCUGCUCGACCCAGGCGCGGCCGAGGCUGCUGCGGGCCACAUGGGGUUCUAUCUGUGGAAGGGCCUGAUGAAGAAACAAAAGGUUUCCGAACUGGAUGCAACCACCAAGGAGACGCUGGAGGAGUAUGCAAGCAUUGUGAGGAGAGAGAGGGAAGAUCCGUUCCGUCGCAAGGCAUUCGGGCACUGGAAACUUGGUGUAAACAGUGACGGCAUUGUCGACGAAAACGCAGAGCUGUGCGUGGGCCGCGUUACGCCCAUUGUGCAUUUCACCAUGGGUGGUGCCGUGUUCAAUGAGCAUGCCCAGGUGCUUUCGUCCGAGCUUGGGGAGGAGCAGAAGCCUAUCCAGGGACUAUGGGCCGCUGGUGAGAUUACUGGCGGCAUUCAUGGCGAUAAUCGCCUUGGCGGUUCGUCGUUGUUGGAGUGUGUGGUCUAUGGAAGAAUCGCGGGGGCCGAGGCUGCUGACGUUGCGAAGAGGGCUCACGUCUAAGGCCUGAUGGGACUGAUGUUUGGAAAUGGCCUACGGAGAACGGCCAAACAGACGCGUGGAGGGCGAAGUUAAUGCCUUGCAGGAUUAGUGUCUCUCUGCUGGGUAUAUGAUGACCGUUCCCAGGAGGGCUGUAAUAUGACCUUUCGGGAUUGGGCGUUGGCGUUACGGUCACCGGAGUUUGGCGUGUUUUCGGGGUUUUCGGGCUACCAAGUGUCGUUGCAAAGCAACCCUACCCU